UAUUGAUCUUUGUGGAUUGUUAAGUCAAUAGUUGGCAAACAAAAUAAACGAAAAAUGGUCAAAUAAAUGUCUUUUUUCUUUAACAUUAGCACAAUGUCGACUGAUGUUCCGCCUUUAAAACCACGACGAAAAAAAUUAGAAGUUCCAGUACAUAAAACACACGAUGAUUCUAAAAUUAAUCUUGAAACUAAAAAGACAUACAGUGCCAAUUUUCAUUCUAAAAGGUACAAAAAUAGAGAAGAUAAGUCACCAAAAGACGUCGAUUCGGUGUCGCAGAAAGUCAGUCGGAGAUACCUAAGUAAGGAAAAUACGCGUCUUGUGAAAGAAAAUGAAGAAAUCGUUGUGAAGUUUAACGAACUUGAAGAAAUGAGCGUGAGGAAGAUUCUUAAACUUAAAGAGAAGAUUUCAGUAUUACAAAACACUAAUGACGAAUUAAGCAAAGAGAAUAUCCAACUCAAAGACUACUCUCAAGAUCUUUUGACUACUCUUGAAGACUUGAAACUGCAGUUUGAAAUUAACAAACAUUGUCAAAAAUGUGAAGAGUCUAAACAGAUUCUUCAAAAAGUAAACGAAGAAAAUACGAUUUUGAAAACUUCUAAGAAGAAUUUAGAGGAAGAUCUAAACAUGCUCAAAACUGUAGUAUACCGACUGAACGUCCAAAUGGAACGUUAUCAAGAAAAAUUAAGGAAACUCAACGUAAAAGUUGCUCAAAACUCUACUCCUCAACACCAAAGUCUUGACAAUAUUCCAGUAGUCGAUGGUCACGACCCUAACAUAUUUGAGCUGCACAAAGACCAUUCCCAUACACCCAUCUCUUGGGGAAAAGUCAAUUCACAUACUUUAGGUCCUCUCUUGGACGCCUAUCAAGACACAAUAACAGAAAAAGAUGAAAUUAUUGAGUCUUACGAAGCAGAAAUUUUUGAAUUUACCGGAAAACUUAAAGACGUUAUUAAGGAAAACGACCUCUUGCAUAAAAGUCUCACUGAAGACAACGACUGUAGCAGUAAAUUAAAAAUUGAACUGGACAGUGUUAAACAGGAAUUGAAAGAUUUAAGAGAUCAGAACGAUAUUUUAAUUAAAAAGUGUGCUCUAAAGCAGGAUAAGCUAGAGGAGGUUUUGAAGUGUUACGAAUAUAAAGUUGAACAAAUGAAGAGAGAUUAUUCGGUUGUUCAUGACCAGUAUUGUAAAAGUCGAACCGAAGUUACUGCUCUGAAAGAAAAAAACAAAGCGUUAUUGGAUGCUCAGGAUGAGUUUAAAAAUGAGAGGCAAAAUUAUAUUCCAUUGUCGGUUCACACCUCAAGUGUGAACGAAUGUAAAAAGUGGUACGAAGAAUUGAAGCAUCAGUACGAGCAAGAAAAAAUUAAACUUAAAGAAAAUAUCGAAGUUCAAGCUAAGCAAAUUGAAGAUUUUGAAAAGAAAAUUUCGCAAAACUUGAAGGAAAAGGAGGAGCUUGAGAAUAUGGUCAAACAUUUGGAAAAACAGAUAAAAAAAGGUGAAGCAAAAUAUAUUGAGUUGGAACAUAAUUUGAGCGAGGUUCAAUUUGCUAAAAGUGCGUGCAAGAAGCAGCUCAAUAAAGCUAUGAAUUUUGCGAAGGAUUUAGUGGCCGAGCAGGAAACCCUGCUGAAAGCUCUCAAUCAAAGGCAGCAGGAAAAUAAAGCUGUGAAAAAAAUUGGGUGUGAUAUUGCCACACGGAUGGAUACUUUGCGAAAUCAAUUGAAGGAUGUUCAAAGAGGCGCAUGGCAGGAGUUGAGCACUGUUGAGAAACGCAUUCAGGAUCAGAAUGAAGCAAUGGAGACAAUGAAACAAGAGCACAUUGAAGAAAUCGACAGGUUGCAAAGGAUUAUUAAGGAACAGGAGAGUAAUAUGUUGCUUAAAGAUUCCACAACGCUUCCAGUACCUCAUUACUUACUUUUUAGGGAUAAACAUAAAUGAUGUUUUAAAAAUUUUUGUAAU